AUGCCGACUCUCGCCUUGAUCAACUUCAACAUCGUCUGUGCGACGCUCGGAGGCUUUGUCUCCCUCUUUGGACUGGUAUCCUACCUAUGCAAAGAGCGAUUCUACCUUUCCGAAGCCUUGAUCUCGCUUCUAGCGGGCGUCGCAUUCUCCCCGCAUGCCGCGAAUUUCAUCCGCCCGGAUGACUAUGCCAUGCAUUCAGAGCAGAAUCUGGAGGCCAUCACUCUGCACUUCACUCGUCUCGUCCUCGGUGUGCAGUUGGUUCUAGCAGGCGUCCAGCUCCCCAAGCGUUAUCUCCAGAUCGAAUGGCGGAGCUUGUCGCUUCUCCUUGGGCCCGGAAUGGCGGCCAUGUGGUUAUGCAGUAGCCUGGUCAUCUGGGCUAUGGUUCCCAAUUUCAAGUUCCUCCAUGCGCUGAUCGUCGCCGCUUGCGUGACACCUACUGACCCGGUCUUGUCCAAUUCCAUUGUUAAGGGCAAGUUCGCGGACAAGCAUGUUCCGCGCCCACUGCAGCGGAUCAUCGUGGCCGAGUCUGGUGCUAAUGAUGGUCUGGGUUAUCCUUUUCUUUUCUUUGGCAUCUACUUGCUCAAGUAUGUUGGUAUGGAUGGUGAAGGAUAUAGUGGAGGGGCCGGGAGGGCGAUGGGUCAGUGGUUCUUGGAGACUUGGCUGUAUACCAUCAUCUUGAGUGUGGUGUACGGUAUCGUUGUUGGUUGGUUGUCGCGGAAACUUCUCCACUGGGCGGAGGAGAAGCGUUACGUUGAUCGCGAGAGUUUCCUGGUUUUUGCCAUUGCGCUUGCUCUCUUCAUCGUGGGAACUUGUGGUCUUAUUGGCACUGAUGACCUUCUCGCAUGCUUUAUUGCUGGUAAUGUGUUCACGCAGGAUGACUGGUUCCGUCUUGAAACUAUGGAUGACUCGCUCCAGCCGACCAUUGACAUGCUUCUCAAUCUUGCAGUCUUCAUGUGGUUUGGCGCCGUCUGCCCGUGGUCAUCUUUCUUGAACAACGACAUCAUCCCGAUCUACCGCCUCGUCCUUUUGGGAAUUCUGAUCUUGUUGGUUCGCCGAAUGCCAAUUAUCUUCGCGAUGCACAAGUACAUCCAUCAAAUCGAGCAAAUUUCCCACGCAGCAUUUGUUGGAUUUUUUGGUCCAAUUGGCGUCGGUGCUAUCUUCUACCUCUCUAUUAGCCGAGAAUUCCUGCGAGAAAUCACUGUUGAUGGUAAAGUGCGAGAGGAUGCCCAGCAAGUCAUGGAUGUCAUCAACGUCGUUGUCUGGUUCCUAGUGAUCUGCAGUAUUAUCGUCCAUGGCCUAUCGGUCCCGGUCGGAAAAGCCGGAUACAAUCUCCCACGCACCAUCUCCAGCGCCAUCAGCACUAGUACUGUUGAUGAGCCUGAGCCAGUGCCCAUUUCAAACAUUCGCCACACCCACAGUACCGCCACACCUCGUGGGAAUCUUUCAGGCCCGAGCCACCGGUCUCGCAAGCGUGGCAACCAGCGUGAAUCACCUCACCCGCCGUUGUUCCGCAUUGGUGGUACAGUGAUUCGACCACGUUCGCCUGACAGACAGUUCGGUGUUGGAUCCCUUGAUGAACCUGAGCGCCCUGUCAACCUUGUCACGCACGAGGCAGUGGUUGGUGGGAAGGACCGGGGGCAGGACUCGCCGAGUCCGGCGUAA